AUGGCGACGCUUCACUUGCGAAAAGGAUCCAAAGAGAGAUUUGACCUUCUGUCCAAGGAAUCGACCGAGAGCACCUCGUCUUCAAUGACGAUAUCAACCACACGAUCCUCCACAACCACGACAAGACGACCACUGCCACCACGUUCAUCCCCUCGUAGUCGAUCCUCACCACAUUCCAUUGCUUGGGUCGCCUUGACCGUCUCGGCCGCCCUGUUGGUUCUAUCGCCUGGGUUGACACUUUCCAACAACAGUCGGUCUUUACUGGAACAACAACAAAGUAAGAAGAAGAAGAAAAAUUCUACUUUGCGGACAGCCCCACAAAGCGUUGCAUCCGUGGUCCAUAAAAAACUACUGAAUCCGUCACAGGCGAUAGUAUCGAAUGCAGCAAAUGCUGCAGCUACUACUGCUGCUACUAUAAGACGAACCACAAAACCGACCAUGUUGAUUCACAUUGGACCACCCAAGACGGGAACCACGACGCUCCAAUGCCAUUUGGGACUGCACUUUGCUAAAAUGGUCGAGGAGGACAACUUUUAUUACUUGGGUACUUGGUAUGCGCCGCUUUGUGGACUGCCCCUGGAACACCAAAUUCCUGGUUUUCAAAAUGUCCCGCGACCCAUGUUGCUGGAUUGCUACGCACCUCACGUGCAAAAAGAAUGCAACCAAGACGAGCAAUGGAGCCAAUUUGGAGCCUUGAUCCAACAACACUAUGAUAUGGGACACAAUUUGAUUCUUUCCGAUGAAAUGUUUCAUCAUCAUUUCCAACUAGAAGAUGUUCAACGACUGAAGUCACUGUUGUCCAAGAAGUGGAAGGUCAAAAUCAUGUAUACCUACCGACACUUUUACUCCAGUGUUCCAAGCAUGUAUCAUCAACUGAACGAUCCAUACGCAACCGAAAAGGGUAUGGCCAAUGCUGUGGAAAAGACACUUUGGCCCAGUACCGAUGGGGGGUAUAGAAUACGAUCCUUCCGAGAAUCCAAUUCCUUUGACAUUCAAAGCGACAUGCUUCGAUUCUCGUAUUGGGUGCAAGAAUUUGGCUCGGUUCAAGUAUUCAACAUGGAAUCCACCAAGGGAGGCGGUGGUGGUGGAUACCUUGCGUCCUUUCUUUGCACCAUGAUGCCAGAAUUGAAGACUUCCUCUUCCUUUUACUGCCAUGAGAAUGACAUCGCCAUGGCGGCAGUGGAAGAAUCUACUCCUACUUUGGAUGAUUCGUCACGAAAUGACAAUGGCUCGGCCAAAAAGUUCUUGCACUAUGACAUGAUGGCAGUGGCGGCCAAAGAUGCUGGACUAUUGGACAGUCAUACAUAUUUACAACGUACAGAGGUGCGGGAUGCAAUCCAACAAUUUUGUGAAGACAAUGGUUGGAAUGAUAUUUCCAAUUUUGCCUUGGAUUGUCUUUCCCAACAGGAAAUGGAAUCCUUUCUUCAGGCAUCCUUGGAGCAAGCCAAAAUGAUGCAAGAAUACUUUGUUGUUUCUGCUCCUGGUAAGGAAUGGCCACUGCUCGAACAAGAAAUCAAGACUGGAUUUUGGAAGCAUGCGGAACGAAAACAGUUUUGUUCCAUUGACACGGUGGCAUCCCUUCAAGAGGAGCGAUGGCAAACAUUCUUUCGUACCAGAUACCAUAAUGACGGAGGUGGUGAAGGUGAUGUAACGUCAGCCGAAACAGCAAGCUAG